AUGGCUUUGACACGCAAGCGCAAGAAGGCCAGCUCGACGGCUGCAAAAGCCUCGAAGGCUCGCAAGAGCGAGUCAAUGCCUGCAUCGGGCGCUUCGCCUACAUCUGACGCAUCGCCACCUCAAGCGGCAGAGCAGGAACGUAAAACGGGCUUCCUAGACCUUGCGCCAGAGCUACGCGAGAUGAUAUAUGACUCUGUGCUCGAAAUCUGCCCUACCGCUUUCUCCAAGAGGGCCAAGCACCUUACAAGCACAGCUGGCCUAGCUCGCGUCAACAAGCAGAUUCGCAGCGAGUUCCUCGCCAGGGCAUUGACGAAUGCGCCAAUUCUGAAGACUACCGUCUGCAACUUCGACUUCAGCCAUGUCGUGACUUUCCUCAACAAGCUACCAGAGAGCGAUCUCGCCGAUCUGGAAUCCGAUGAGCCCCAACGCACCAUGCUCAUCGAGUUGAAAUUUCCAGGACCGUAUUUUGCCGACUUGAAGCUGUUAAAGCGGUGGCUCAAUCGGGCAGACACUAGGCAGUACGGUUUCGACCAAAGCCUAGGAAGAUAUGUCUCGAAAAGAAAAAAGGGCGCAUUGAUCAACUACCAGUAUUCUGCCAAGGCAGCACACCCAGCUCUCUACCUUGAUUGCCCCAAAGGCCCGCUCCACUAUGGUAGCAGAGUUCAAACGAUGUCCCUGUCCUACAUACUGAGUUUUCCCGGUGGAAGAUAUGGCGAAGAGACAGCGAAGAUCAAGCAGACCCUCGAGCAGUCACACAUUGAGUUCGAACAGUCACGUUUGGCAGAUGCAUUUGCAGAGGAGGAUCUCAAGGUGCUCAAGGAGCGCGAGGAGCAACAGCUAGGAAGUGAGAAGAAAGUGUGGCCCUGGCACUUGCAAGAGGAGGACAUCUGA